AGCUACUGCAGCAGGCUCUCCAGUCUAGUCAUACGGAGUUAUAGGUGGCGUGUCGGAUCAAGAGAUAGAAGCCUGCAGACAGCGGCUGAGGUCAAGUUCCUCUGAGCUGAUGAGGCCUCUCCUGGAGGCCGUCAGGACAUUCUGAUGCUUCCCCCUGAUAUUCUUUCCCCCAUCCUCCUACUUCAGACUGUUGAAGAUAUCGCGGCCUUUCUUGCUCUUUCCUCAUCACUCAUAGAGGCCACUCCGGGCGUGUGAAAAUUCUCCCCAUCGAUGCGUCGCUCAAGCCUCUUCAUUUUCUCUUGGUUGGUGGUUUUAGCGCGGUGCUGGAGCCCCUAUGGAAGCUCGAGGCUGAUAGUACGCGAUGACGCUCCGUCUCCGUCUGCUUUUCUGAGGAGAGCCUUCCCCUCCGCGAUUGUCAUAGGUGAUUAUGUGUAUAUAGAUGGCGGCGAGGUAUCACAACUGUAUAACGGGAAAAAUGGGACGGCCGCCAACCACCCGUCGUGGGCAGUCAACUCGACACUCUCCAUCAGUCUCAAGCGCUCAUGGACCAACUCUAGCAUCACGAUGACUUCCACUCCCAAAAAAGGGGCCACGUUCAAUAAGCAGGCUAUGUGGCGCGACCCAUCCUCAAAUGCGUUCUAUGUCUGGGGCGGCAUGAUGUCCUAUACCGGCAUCCCCCCGCCAAACGAGAUAUGGCGCUUCGAAGUGGACGGGAACGGUGGCGGGACCUGGUCGCAAAUCACACCAACGAGCGUCGUCGCUUUCACCCAGCUUGUGCGCUCUGCAGAGGCCUCUUUCACCCAGAGCAAGGACGUAGGAUAUUACUUUGGCGGGUAUGCGAACCGACUAUCUGAUACCUCCGUCUCUGGUAAAAACAUCGCCAUUCCCGGACUAGUAUCUUACAACAUGACUUCCGGAGAGAUUAAAAAUACGUCAACAACUGGGUUCGGCCAGUACGGAACCAUGAUAGAGGGUUCAGCACAGUUUGUGCCGUUUGGAUCCAGCGGACUGCUGCUCUUCUUAGGUGGAGGCGAGUCGCAAAUGUUCUUGUCAGGGUACAAGGAAUUGGACUUUAACAAGGUCACCUUGUACAAUCCCAGCACCGACAAGUGGUAUACUCAACAAACCGCAGGCGCCAGACCGAUAAGACGAGGAAAGUUUUGUGUUGUGGGUGCUUCCAGCACCAAUAACACGUACGAGAUCUUCUUUUACGGCGGCCGCAGCUGGAGCACAGAUCAAACCUUUGGCGAGGUCUACGUCCUAAGCUUGCCUGGGUUCGUAUUCUUCAAGGCGACCGGCUCGUCGAUCCGUCGGGCGGACCACACCUGCGUCGUCGUGGCCGGCGGAGGCCGCCAGAUGCUCUCCAUUGGCGGAACAGACGCGUCCUUAGGUUUCCCUAAUUCGCUGACAGACCCAGACCCAUGGAGUCUCGGGCUGGGCAUCUUUGACAUGACGGAGAUGGUUUGGUUGGACCGGUACGAUUCUCAGGCGCAGCCGUACGAGUCGCCAGACCUAGUCAAGCAGUGGUAUGCACAGGGGGGACUCGAUUCCGUCGCUUGGGCGAGUGAAGAGGUCAGACCCUUGUUUUCUGAGCUUGCGCCCAACUCGACAUCAGACCCCUCUCCCACUGGACGAUCCAGUACGAGCAGCGCAACUUCGACAGCGCAAGGUUCUGAGUCAUCCAAGCCGCCUGUUGGUACCAUCGUAGGUGCCACCGUUGGCGGUUUUGCAGGCCUCGUUCUCGUCAUCUGCCUCGCAGUGUUCUUCCUGAAAAGGAAAAGACGAUACCAGGCAACACCGCAGCAGGAGGCCGGCGGCACACCCCCAGGAUCCCAGAAGCCCGACGAGGGGUACAUAGGACGUAAGAGGCCGGCCGGGAUCAACACGCUCCAUGAGGAACAUACCGAUCACUUCAACCCCGUCGAGUUACCCGCAGAACACGGCGCUGCGGAGCUUAGCUCCGCGCAUGGCAUACAUGAACUUGGGCAGACAGUAGCGAGACCUUCCUUAUCGGGGCAGGACAGAGGCACACCGGCAAACGAAAAGCUGAGGUCAUCGGAGAAGGUCAAUAUCUCUCAGCCGCAGACAUGAACAAUAAGGUCACAGAGUGUAGUAAUAGGGACAAGUAUAGUGGUAUAACAAACGAAAACUUUUUGGAUUCAGAAGUCCCUCCCUCUUCCUCUAUGAGGGGGACUCG